AUGGGUGCCUCGGCUUCCAGGAACGGGCUAGUCGGUGUUUCCGCGCUGGAGCCUGAACCCGAGGAGCCGCUGGGUCUGGGCCAGCUGCCCACGGAGCUGCUCGAGUUGGUGCUGAGCCACGUGCCCCCUCACGUGCUGCUCGGGCGCUGCCGCCGGGUGUGCAGGCGCUGGCGCGACCUGGUGGACUGCCAGGCCCUGUGGCUGAGCAUCCUGGCCCGAGACCACGCCGCCCUGUCACCCGUCCUCCGCACCUGCCUGCCCCCCGCCGACGACCCCAGGCCCUGCGUCCUGGGCCGCUUCUGCGAGCUCCGACCCAUAGGACGCAACCUCCUCCGGAACCCCAAGGGCGAAGGUGGGGAGGCCAGGAAAGGGGUCCUCUUCAAGGAAGCAGGUGGGAGGGGCCGGAUGCGGGGGCCGCUUGGACUCCGUGGGGGAUAUCACAAGAAGCAAGUGUUGGACCUGGAGAAGGAGGGCUUCUGGCCGGAACUUCUGGACAGUGGAAAGAUUGAGAUCUGUGUCUCUGACUGGCGGAACGACCAACAAGGAACUGACUGUAUAUAUCAGCUAACUGUCCAACUUCUAGAUGCCAACCAGGCCAUCCUGGAUCAUUUCUCUCCUUUGCCUUUUCCCAUCUGGAAGUGGAUAAACAGCGUCUCUCCUCGGGUCAGCCAUGUGUUCUCCAACCUCAAGAAGGGCGUUCGCUUUGUGUCUUUUGAAUGCUGCAUCUGGGACUUGGAGUUCAGAAAUGAGCAGUAUGGAGUCUCUGUGACGAAUUCCAGUGUCAUCGUGCAGAUCGCGGGGCGCCUGGGCAGCACCUGGGCCCUCCUCCCGGCGCCUACAGACUCCCAGAUCCCGCCCCUCCCUCGCUCCGGCUUCGCGCAGCCGCCCGCCCGCGGGAUCUCACAGCCGUCCGCCCCGGAGAGGACCGACUGCCCAGAGCGCGGGUCCCGGGGCUCCCUGGGCGGAGCCGUUCCCGGGGAGCCCCCCGACUGCCUCUCAGAGCAGGGUGGGGAAGGGGAUCCUAGUCCGCCGCCGCCUCCGAGCAGGCCGCCAGGUGAGCGCCGGGACAGGUAG